CCACAUAAUACCCACUCACCUUCUAUGCUGCAGUUAGCGACUGUCCUAGUUGAACCCAUGAGGUUGCAUGCUAGCUUUUUGAGUACACCGAGAGAUUUGCUGACAUGACGAUCAAAUCGUUCUAGCUAUAUUAGUGCAAGUAAACCAUGUGAUGUAACAGCAAGUCACCCCGCUCCUUGCUUUCACCACAUUUUGUAGCUUUCCUCUGCUCAACAUCUGCAGUCUGACAACUUCAGACAUCACAAUGGCACUCGCUUAUAGCAAGGUUCCCUCGGGUACGACCGUCAUCCCAUCCCCUUUCCAGGUCCAUGUUCCGGACGAACAAAUCGAGGAGCUACAGCUGUUAGUCAAGCUGUCGAAGCUCGCACCUCCAACAUACGAAGGUCUUCAGCAGGAUCGUAAAUAUGGCAUAACCAACGAAUGGCUUGCCAAUGCAAAGGAAGCUUGGAAGAGCUUUGACUGGCGAUCGGCAGAAAGCCAUAUCAACAGCUUCCCUCAGUUCACUUAUGAUAUCGAGGGCCUGACCAUUCACUUUGUGGCUUUAUUUUCUGAGAAGAAGGAUGCUAUCCCUAUUGUUCUUCUCCACGGCUGGCCAGGCAGCUUUCUCGAGUUCCUUCCCGCUCUGACUUCAAUUCGGGAGAAAUAUAGCCCAGAAACCUUGCCAUACCAUAUAGUGAUUCCGUCACUUCCGGGGUUCACUUUCUCAUCCGGCCCUCCGCUAGAUGUCAACUUCACCGGCGUUGAUACGGCCCGCGUCAUCAACAAAGUGAUGCUCAAUCUCGGUUUCGAGGAUGGCUAUGUGGCACAAGGUGGAGACAUUGGAUCAAGGAUCGGUCGCAUACUUGCGGUAGAUCAUGAAUCUUGCAAAGCCGUGCAUUUGAAUGCAUGCUAUAUGAGCAAGCCCUCCAACGUACCAGACACGGCUAUUACUGAGGAAGAUAAACGCGCGCUGGCUCGCGCUCAGUGGUUUGGUACCUAUGGCAGUGGAUAUGCUCUUGAGCAUGGUACUCGACCCAGCACGAUUGGCAAUGUGCUCUCCACAAAUCCGGUGGCUCUGCUCGCCUGGAUCGGAGAGAAGUUCCUCGACUGGGCUGAUGAGGCUAUACCCUUGGAGACUAUCCUGGAAUCUGUAUCACUGUACUGGUUUACUGAGACGUUCCCCCGGUCUAUCUACCACUAUCGGGAGAACGUCCCGCCGCCCAAGCUGAGACAAGCCGAAGACCCCCGAUGGUACAUUCGCAAGCCAUUUGGCUUUUCAUAUUAUCCGAAGGAGCUUGUACCCACCCCACGCGCUUGGGUUGAGACAACCGGAAACCUGGUGUUCUGGCAAGCUCACGAGAAGGGAGGACAUUUUGCAGCGUUGGAAAGACCACAGGACUUCCUUGAUGAUUUGACGGCGUUCUGUGAACAAGUAUGGGCUGGAAGAAAAUGAGAUGGUGCCACGAUUACCGUGGAUCGUCUAUAGCAUGCUCGGAAGGCUGCAUCAGUCCAAUAGCGAUAUGCGAAUCAGACACUAAGGCUUGUCUCGGAUGUAGUUGUAUAUAUCGCUCAUAAUAGACUUCUCCAUCUGAAUGGACACCCAUCUAUUGAGUCUCCGG